UGAUACUUGUGUCAGUAAUAUGUUAUGGCUUGAUAUUUUUCCCUGUCUUUGGAGCCCUGACUGUGAGGACACCUAUUGGAUAUAUUUUGGGCACUCUCCACGUUUGGGUAUUCUUGUUCGAAGCAUUCUUUAUCACGUUUGGCUGUUCGGAUCUACUUUCAUCGACGAAUCAGUUCCUAUUGGUAUUACGGGACUGGCCAAAACUGGCAUCUAUGUUUUAUCUAGCAGUUAUGCUGCCAGCAAGAUUUCUGUUGUCACUGAAUAUUAUACCACACAUACCAUUCAUAAACCCAAAACCGAACACAGUUGGACCACAUACGGAUAGCAUGGAAAUAAUAAGGGGUUCUUUAGCGGGAAAACACGUCCGUAAAACUUUCCAACCUCCAAAGACAAUCAUUGAAGAUCACGGUGAUGGUGAGGGUUGUAAAGACAACAUGCUGAGCUGUUGUAGUUCUUGUUUGAAGCCGUGGUUGUACAGAAAUAACCCUAAUUUCAGAUACUCGGCUAGAAUUCUAUCAGUAUACUUUGUGUGCUUUGUCCUGGUUUACAAGAUAUCGGUAGAGUUGAUUAUAUUCUUCUUACCAACCAUAGCAGGCUGGAUUGAAACUAUAUCCUCGGUUGUAGAUGUGAUUGGCACUGCAGAAGACGCAUUUGAUUCCGAGGAUGUGAAGACAGCCAGGAAAAUAGUCAUGUUUCUUUAUUAUACAAUAGAAGGUAUUCAGAUAUGUUUCGUGUUUGCUAUAGCUGCUGAAGUGAUGUUGUCAGCUUUAAUCAUAUUCCACAUGAUUUCUUCAUAUAGGAAAAAUCUGCUUGCCCUGUUUAAAGGUUCUACACAUCAUAUUCCUCCUAGAUCAUCGAUGAGCAACGCCGGUCUUAUGGUUGGUACUAUGCGAUAUACUGGAUACCAAAUAGGUUAUAUUUUAUGGGCGUACAUUGUACAAGUUGCUUUGUUUUUCUUGACGUUUUUUGUGGUAGAUAUCCUAGUUUCCUUAUACAGAGCCGGUUUAGGUGGCACAAUCACAGACCUUAUAAGCGAAUUUUGGUCAGUUCCAGUAACUGCGAUACUGUUAAGUGUAUCGCAACUUGCAAUGGCCAAGUUUUUAUUCUUGCAAGAAAGUGGUAAUGUUUUGGCGAUUGAAAACAGACGAGGAUUCUUUCUGGCAGUUUAUUUUGUCUUUUUCUACAAUACAUUUUUGGGUUUAUUAUCGUGUCUGUUGCGCAUUAUAAAAGCUACAGUUAUAGGAAUAUUAUUUCUUGGACGAUUAGACCACAGUACUCUUCCCAGGAGAUUUCAACUGUUUGAUCCAGGGUUUAAUGCUUAUGUUGGAUUUAUGCAUAUUGAAAAUGCACAUUACAACCCAGUUAUUCUCACAUUCCUGUCUCUCCUACAAGUUAACUUGAAGACAGAAAAAGACAACGACGAAGAAAGAGAACUAAAACAUGUGAAGGAACAGCAGAGAUCUAGACGUCACAGGGUUGCUUCGAUUAAUUGGUACUUAGCAUGCUUACUCCACUAUAACCCACACCUCCGAGUAUUGAGGAAGGAUUAUCUAGAAACUCUCCGAGCUAAGAGAGAGAUAACUGUUAAGUCGAAGGAAGCAAUCAAGAUCUACGACGAGCCUGAAAUAUCUGUGGGAAUUCAAGAUAUCAAGAAAUCACCACUAAAAGUGUGAAUAAGACUUUGUUGUUUAUACUAAAUGGAAUAUACUAAUUGGUUAAACGUUUUCACAUUCAAAUUAGUAUUUAUUAUAUUACUUUUAUAACAACCCUUGAUAUAUCAGGAUCUGUCACCGUUUAUUUUCAUACAAGCAUCUGUUGAUAGGAUAAUUUUCUGUUAGUGUUUGACAAUAGAACCGUGAUUGGAAGUAUGUUUGAUCAGAUAAUUUUCUGUUUCACAACAAAACGUUUUGUACAAGUAUGUUUUGUAUCAAAUAAUUUACACUAAAAUUUAUGUAAGUUUUAUAAUGUUAUAAUUUGUAAAUAAAUUAUUCAGGUACUAAUGGUAAGUAUUUGAAUUAAAAUGUA